GGAAACAUAUUAUGAAAAAGUUUACGAGGAUAAACAAUACACAUAUCUUAUAUCAGGUUGUAAAGAACGUGCUCAAAAAAACUAUAGACAUACCUGUGAAGAAGCAAAUGCCAAAUGGCUCAUAAAAAAGGGCCUAAUAUCUGAGCCUUAUUUUUAUGAAAUUCCAGAACCAGGCGAGCAGUUUGAAUAUAUUGUAGUUGAGAAUGAUUUAUCAUAG